AUGACUGACAAUCGAUAUCGAAUAUGCAUGAUAUCCGAUUUCUUCCACCCCAACACGGGAGGACUCGAGACCCAUAUCUAUCAACUGGCCCAGUGCCUCAUACAGAGAGGCCACAGUGUCGUCGUUUUAACUCAUUCGUACUUCGAUCGAGCCGGCAUACGAUACCUGACGAACGGACUGAAGGUCUACCAUAUUCCUCUGUGGAUUGUUUACUGUGAAUCUGGUCUGCCGACGCUUUUUUGCACGGCACGACUCGUGCGGAACAUACUAUUGCGGGAAUGUGUCGACAUCGUUCAUGCCCAUGGAGCAUUUUCGAGCUUAGCGCUGGAAGCCAUGGUACACACGGCUUGCCUCAACCUUCGGAGUGUCUUCACCGAUCACUCGCUGUUCGGCUUCUCCGACGUUUCGGCCGUGAUAACGAACAGCUUGUUGAAAUUAUGUCUCCACAUGUGCGACCACGUUAUUUGCGUCUCGGAGGUCGGAAGAAUGAACACGGCUCUACGAGCUCUGGUCCACCCCGACAGGAUCUGCGUAAUACCGAAUGCCGUCGAAACAAAGUGCUUUCAGCCUCUGCAUAAGCCUCGCAAGAGCAAGCAGAUCGUCAUUAUAGUUCUCUGCAGGCUUAUGUACCGGAAGGGCAUCGAUUUGCUCGCCGAUAUCCUCCCGACGAUAAGCAAAAAGUAUCCGGAAGUGAAGUUCCUGAUCGGAGGCGACGGACCCAAGAGAGUCCUCCUCGAAGAAGUCCGAGAAGUCCAUAAGCUACAAGAUCGAGUGCAUCUGGUCGGAACAUUGAAACAUCACGAGGUUCGAGAUUUCCUUGUCAAAGGCGACAUCUUCCUUAAUACCUCGUUGACCGAAGCCUUCUGUAUGGCCAUUGUGGAAGCGGCUUCGUGCGGACUCCAGGUGGUCUCCACGAACGUGGGAGGUAUUCCCUACGUUCUGCCAUCGGACCUGAUUUGGCUGUGCAAUCCAUCGGUGGAUUCUCUGAUAGAUGGCUUGGAGAGCGCUAUUCACGCGAAGAAGAAAUCCAGCAACGUGAAGCCUUGGGUCGCGAACCAAAGAAUCUCAAAUCUUUACCAGUGGAGCUCUGUGAGCCGCGAGACUGAAGCGGUUUACCACAAAGUGAUGGCUUCCGAGAAGCCAAGCAUAGCCAAAGCUUUCGGGCCUUUAUUCAAAAAAUGCAGUAUUUUUGAGAGUUUAUUCUUUUCCUAUAUACUCAGUCUCAUAUACGUGGUGUAUAAAUUCUACGACUGGUGCUACCCUCUCAAAGUCGACGAUUUGCCGUGGUUCAUGCCAACCCAUGAGAAGCUAACCAGAUCAAGAUCAAAGUCCGAAUGA